AGUUACACCCAAUGAAUGACGUCAGGUGCGUACGUGCAGUGCGCGUUCUAUGUCGUGCGGAAGAACACGCGUGUAGCUCGCUCCGAAAGGAAAAUCCUGGAGAGCGACAUAACGAUGAUGCGGAAUAACAUCGUGGGUGUGUUGUGUUGCGUGUUGCUGUUAUUUGCUGCGACAGGUACUGAGGCGAUACGCUGUUAUCAAUGCAGUUCUGAUAUGGAUGGAAAGAGCGAAGACCUUUGUGGAGCCUACGCGAAUUUCGACAAAGACAGGAAUGUACCUAUCGAAUGCAACAGCGAGGAAUCGCAUAUGCCUGGUACAUUUUGCGUUAAGUACACCGAGCAGAGCCCGCGUGGUUUCAUCUGGGACGGUAGAUGGCGACAGGUGAUCCGACGAUGUGCUUCCGUUGCCAGUACGGGAGUCACAGGGGUCUGUAACUGGGGCGUUCGCGAGAAUGGUGUUUACUGGCAGGAGUGUUACUGCUCCGAGGACGCAUGCAAUGCAGCUUCCGGUCCAGUAUCCUUCGUUACGUUACUCCUCGUGACAUGCGGCGCCGUCUUUACGCUAUUUUGUUUUAAGUAAAAGGAACGUUCUCAGGGUUUCCUUAAGUUUUCGAAAGAUGAACACAUUAAUAAGACAAAUAAAUAUUGACAAUUAAAAAGAAAUCUCGCUUUAUGAAGCUUUUAUUAGAAGAGUGAGAAGUUUAAAUUAUAUAAUUAAAAAAAAACGACUUAGAACUUGUAGAUACUUUAAAAAUAUAUCCGUCCACAGCGAUAUGUUAAUAGAUCUCUCGAAUUCUCGUUCAUGUAAAUAGCUUAAGUAAUAUAUCCGUCCAUAUAUUUGGCAUUGUUAAAAAUGCCACGAUAUGUGAUUCAUUUAUAAUAUGUAAUUAAGCUAAGAUGAACAAUUAAUUAACUUUGACACAGAUGACUAAAAAGUGUUAACUCAGCAAAGAUAAUAGAUCUAUUUAUUAUUGCAUUCUUUGAGAAAAAGUUUUAUGCGAAAUUAGUACAAAAAUGUAAUAAGAAUAAUAUGUAA